AUGUCCCACAACAUAAACUCCACUUUCGCAUCCGCCAGCAUUGUGGCUGACGAGUGCAUAUAUGACAGUGCAUCACAAAGCGAUGUUUUGGGAAUUGAUUUGUCGGCUUCUCAGCCCGAAUUCGUCCCACCCAACGUUCUGUUCGAGAUUGAUGAUAUCGAGGAACCAUGGACAUUUACGAAACCCUUCGACUAUAUUCACAGCAGAAUGAUGAAGGGUAGUAUUAGAGAUUGGAGAACAUUUCUCCAGAGAUGUUUCAAUAAUCUCAGCCCUGGUGGUUACGUCGAGCUGAAUGAUAUAGACUUCUUCCCUCGCUCGGAUGAUAACAGCAUCCCGGAAGGCAGUAAGCUCAUGAAGGCUUUUGAGCUUUGCUUUGAAGCACUCGAAGUUCUUGGCUCCCCAUUCGAAGAAUUCGGGCGGUUUGAGACUCUUCUCGCAGAGGUUGGCUUUCAAGACAUCCAGGUCCAUCGCUUCAAGUGGCCUACCAACACGUGGCCCAAGCACAAGAAAUACAAGUUAUUAGGCGAGUGGAACCAUGAAAACCUGUCACCCAACCUAGACGGGCUCCUCAUGGCACCAUUAACGAGAGCUCUAAACAUGAAGCCAGCCGAGGUUUAUGUCUACGCCAUGGAGGCUCGUAGGGAACUCGCCGAUAGAACUAUUCAUGCCUGCUUCGAUGUCUGGUCAAUCCAUGGACGGAAGCCCAUGUGGUGCUAA